UGUGUCUCCGCCCAGCAGCUCAGUCAGUCCAACCCGGAGAGAAGGCGAGUCCACGGCUAAAAAUAAAAUAGCUAACACAAGAUGUCCGAGUUGCCUCGUAGGAUUGUAAAGGAGACGCAGCGGUUGAUGGCAGAGCCUGUGCCAGGGAUCACGGCUACGCCUGAUGAUGGGAACGCACGUUACUUCCAUGUGAUCAUUGCAGGGCCUCAAGACUCUCCAUUUGAAGGAGGCACAUUUAGACUUGAACUAUUUCUUCCAGAAGAGUAUCCCAUGGCAGCUCCCAAAGUGCGAUUCAUGACCAAAAUCUACCACCCCAAUGUUGACAAACUGGGAAGAAUAUGUUUAGACAUUUUGAAAGAUAAAUGGUCUCCUGCCCUGCAGAUCCGCACAGUGUUGCUAUCUAUCCAGGCGUUAUUAAGUGCUCCCAAUCCAGAUGAUCCCCUGGCAAAUGAUGUUGCAGAGCAGUGGAAGAAAAAUGAAAGCAUAGCCAUUGAGACAGCCCGAACAUGGACCAAGCAAUUCGCGAGCAACACUGAUGUAUAGAAGAAGAGAGACGAGGCGUCUGAAUGUGAUCCACAAAAUGUACUCCUAUUCUGUCAACAUUCAAAUUUAAACGGACACAAAAAAAGACAAAAGAAAAAAAAAAAGAUUAUAAGUCCAAAUCUAUUUGAAAGAAAUGACAAGAUUUACUGCUGCAGACCUCUGGGUGACUUAUUUUCCUCUCUAAGACGCGUUAAGUGUGUGUUAGCCUUUUUUUUUUUUUUUCCUGUGUUGCUAUUUAAAUGCAUGGACAGAGAACGACACCCUCCCCACGACAGUCUUAAAAAUAACAUGCAAUAUGUUGUCCUGAACAAGGCACUUACAUACUGGUACGCUUGCAAAACAAACAUGCAUUAAAGCUGUUCUUCUUUUAACACUUUUGUCAACACAUCUGUAUGUCUUUUGUGGGGAUAACAUGUUCUGUUCUUUCAAUGCUUGGAGCGUACAGCCGUCUUUUCCCCCCCACUGGUAGUAAGCAGACGAAAAAAUAUGAAUCACCAUGUUCGUCUUUACUCUUUUUAGGGAAAAAUAGCCCAGACACUCAACAACAUGUUAGUUCCACUCCUGUGUGUCACAAAACUGAAUAUUUAGUUGGUGGUGCAGCUGCUAUAGUUCAGCCUUAUCUCAAGAGCACAUGGGGCACUUAUACUGGGCACAGAGGUGAAACACUUAACAAUGUGUUCGUUGCACAGCAACAAUUCUUAGAAAAAUCGGACAAAACAGCAAGUAAAUGUAGUACCGUCUUCAAUCAGUCCCAUAUAAACAAUCAAAAGACACUUUCUGUGACUGCAGCACCAAUCAAGUUUGAUUUUAAAGAAGCUGUUACAAUACUGAAAAGACAGACAACAUUUUCCUCCACACACAACUGAAAAAAGAGGUUCAUCCCAACAUUUUUAACAUGAAACAAGUUUUUUUUUAAAUGCCCCGAUGGUUACUUUGUACCUGCUAAUCUAUUUGCCAGUAGAGAAUAUACAGCUAACAUGUAAUAGCAUUUAGUCUAAUCUCAAUUUGUGGCCCCAGCAGAUGUAAUUCAUCUCUUCAUCAUUUACAUCUUUAACAUUGGUAUUAGGGUUAGAAAAGACAGAUUAUUGUGUGAUUAGAUGCCUGAGGACUGUGUUUAUAAUAAUCCCAAAAAUCUGGUGAUUUAUUGUCAUGUUUUGUUCUUUCAAACUGUUCAACAGUAGUAUGAUUUUUUUCGGUUUUUCAGUGAUCUCACAUGUACAAGUUUCAGUGACAGUUUGGGGAGGGUGAGCAGAUAACUUCCACAUGCUUAAAAAAGCCAUUCUUAACACAUUCAUAAAGGUAGAAUAAGACAAAUUGUUUGUGUUGAAAAGGAUUCAUGUUGUAGCAGAUGACUAAAAUGUGUUGAAAAUGUCCCUCUUUUUAAGGGUGUAGGAGCUGUUUUUGUUUUUAUUUUCCUUUUUUUUUUUUUAACUGUCUGUCCAUGCUAUCUAUGUUGCCUGUUCUCUAUUUUAUUUUCAGUGUUACUUCAUUAAAAAGGCAUGUACCAUAACCAAACAUA